AUGGCCCGACAUAGAAUUCCCGAGCGUGUGGUUAGUGACAAUGGCCCACAAUACAACUCUGAUGAGUUCCGUAUCUUUGCGACAAAGUAUGAAUUUGAACAUGUGACAUCCUCACCAGGAUAUCCACAAUCCAAUGGUAAAGCAGAAAGUGCGGUCAAAAUGGCGAAAUGCAUAAUGGAAAAAGCAGCAGUGCCAAAACAAUACCCCUAUCUAGCUCUAUUAGAGCACAUGAAUACACUAUCAGAUGGAAUGAGUACCUUCCCUGCCCAAAGACUCUUUGGAAGAAGAACAAGGACCAGACUCCCAACAUCUACUCGACUGCUAAAACCAAUAAUGGAAACGAAGUCCACGAAAGAGGAGCUAGAAAAGGCCAAAUCCAAGCAAGCAUUACACUAUGAUCGUGGUGCAAAAGUCUUCAAAGCUAAAUGUUGGAGAUAUAUAGUUCGGAUGAUUCCUAAGAAGGGGACGAAAACGUGGGCUAAUGCAAAAGUGACUAUAGAAGUAAGUCCAAAGUCAUAUAUUGUUACAGCUGGAGAUGGAGCAAGGUAUGGGCGAAACCGCAGACACCCAAAGAAAACGUUAGAGCCAGAUAUGGAGGAGACUAAUAUUGAACUGCCUUUGAGAGUUUGA